UUGUGGUUCACUUGUGAAGAUGGCGCAUCUGGCUCGACUUAUUGCUUGUGCGUUAAUAUGCGUCGUUUCUGCCACUACUGAUUUAAAGUGUUUUAGUACAUACAGUGUUUCUUCGAAUCGUUAUCUCAACCAUACUGGUAUUGCCAAUGUGACAACCGAACGAAAUCUAGGGAUGUGUGCAUCCACUUGCCAACUUGAUUAUCGCUGUGUUUCCGCCAACUUUGCUGCAAAUAAUCAAGAAUGCCAACUUCUGACUAUAAAUGAAGAAUCCACUCUGAUAUACGACGUUCAAUGGAUUCACAUUACACUUAGGUGGCCGAAUACGAGCUAUAGUAACAACAGCAUAAAACCGACACUGGCCGCAAAAUCUAAGGGGUUUGUCAGUGUUGGGUAUAAUAGUGUAACUGAUAAAUACCAUCGUGCACCAGAUACUAUGGAUGAAAUGAUACCAGGAUGGGAUGCAAUAACCUUCACCAACGUCAAUAUUGCUAGGUACGCGACCACCACCGAACCCACAACUGCUCCAACAACAAAUCCUACUACAACCAUACCUGCAACCGAAGAACCAACUGCUGAUAUUUAUUCUUACCUGUAUCGUGAGUCGAACAUCACUGAGGCUGAAAUAUCCUGGAACUUCGACUUCUCGGAUACUCUACUUCGAGUUACCGAUCUUGUCAUUAAUGGAACAAUAGAUUUGUAUCGUGGCGGAAAUAUUACCUACAACAUCUGUGGCGAAAAAUCUACUAAUUGUAUUGAGGGGUCGGGAGUUGAUGUUAAAACCUCUGUGUUUGCGGGAGCAAAGCAAUUGACUGUGAAGUUUUUAUUGUCUGGAGAAUCCGAAGAUUAUCCAAUACUGUUCCCAGUUUCAAUCUACGCGCCCGAAGACACUUUCGGCUUUUUCGUGAAUAUCACCAUGACUGAUGACUGUCAAUAUGAAUGACGUCAUUUAAUUAUUGGCACUAUCAAAUCAUUGAUCAAGCUGUUUGCAGUUCAAAUGAAUAUAUUUAAAUAGUUAUAUUGGCCUAUACUGACGUGUACCUUUUAUAAGCUUAAACUUGGCAUGGCCGGCGCCCCAUAGUUUAGAUAGAUGGGCGGCGCAUCACAUGUGCUGUCUCAUUAUGUCACUUUCAUCAUUGUAGCAGGUUAAUGAUAUAGAAACACCACAUCAAAAUUAAAUGGAAAAAAAAUUUCCAAAUUUAAUGUAAGUAUUCUACUCUACAAAAAAUAAAUAAAUAAAAUAAACUUUCCAAAUUGUACGGUGUUUCAAAAUGCUACGUUUAGCCCCGGAAUUACCAAUUUAUCAACCAAAAUGCAUGUGAAGAGCCGCAAGUCUAACUGUCGAUGACCACUUACCUAUAAUAGGCCUAUAUAAAAAAGAAUGCCGAACGACAACUGACCAACUAAAUGUCGCAGUUUGCUGGCAAAGCUUUAUAAAUGGCACGGGAUAUGAAAUACUAAAAUUGUUUUUAAGCAUGAUGCUGUGAUUGGAAUAUUGGAAUUUUGCAAGUGUAUUCAGCGUUAUAAAUUCGAACCUGUAAAAAUUGGUGGUGUAUCAAUUUACCCUAUUAAUAAUAGAAUGAAGCCUAAUGAUCGAAAUGUAUUGUUUGGCGCACGCAGGCCAUGACAUGCA